AUGUCCUUCUUCUGCUUCAACUUGAGCCAGGGCAUUCUAACCACCCAGCUGCGCACCCUUCCUUCACGCCUCCGCUCGGUUCAAAACUCGCGCUCAACGGCUCUAAUCCGCCCGGACGACCCUGCGCUCUACCCCAACCAUUUGGCACAGAACCACUUCCAGUUCACCCUUCCGAUUCCUCUUGGAAUUGGUAACGCCAAUACCCGUACACCCGGGCAGCACAUGUUCGUCUACCCUUCGUCCACCCGUAAAGUCAACUUCCCCUUCUUCGAGCUCCUCCCCCGAAUCUGGCUCAUUCAUGGCAAUGCCGCCGUAGCACAAUGCGUCCCACACAUUGAGGGGUUUAUUGAAGACGUUGUGAACCUGCCCGAAACACCGAGGCUAGCCUCGUUAAUGCUAGUGCCGACGGGGGAAUUGCAUGGGGUUGAGAGGGAUGAUAAGGGAUGGGAGCUUGGGGUUAGGUGGUUUAGGGAGGAUGGGCCUCUGGUUAGGGACGAGGGGGAGUUUGUGAAGGUUGUUUAUGUGUCUGCUGCUCCUAAGCAAGUCUUCUAA